AUGCACUCUAGCUAUUUCCUUAAUCUUAGAUCAUCUCGCCCAAGGAAGAACGAUGAAGAGCAAGAUGAAAAUAUAUUGGUAGAGGUUUCAAAGGACGGAACAAGAAAUGUUAUUAUUACGGGUAAAGCGCAAGAUUCGGAGGAGGUUGCUCUAGGAGAAGAUGUUCAAGCAAUCGAUAUUCCUUUACCCGACGAAGAUCAAACUGAAGAACGUUGCCAGAAUCCAAGAUCACUGCAGGAAAUUUCUAAACAGAGAGAAUUGCAACAACAACGGUUGGAAACGAUCGAGCGUGAUUACUUGCGUCUUAGAGAGAGAAACUCUCUUACGGUCGUUGCAGAUGCUUCACGAAACGUUAAUUUGAAAAGCUCGCUGUCUUCCUACAGAACGGUAAAAUUUAAUGACACAAUAGAGGAUCACCUCGAAAUCAAGGAUGCACCCAAGGUUGCAUUUCAAGAUACGAAUCAAGUGGAAAAACGAGUUCAGGAUAUGAUCAAAGAAGUUAAAUUAGAUGAUGAUAACGAAAGUAUCAUUUCUGAAGAAGAAUCAAAACCAGAUUACGAACACUUUUAUAACAAUCCUGAAACCAACAAUGAGCAGUUAGAUGAAGCAGAAGAGGGAAAAGAAUAUAAUUGGAAUGACGUUAGUGAUACACUGACUGUCGUUUCUGAAGUCUCGGAGUUUUAUCAGGACUUUAAGAACAUCAACCAAGAGAAGGCUGAAAAGAAAAAAAUCACAGUACCUUUACCAUUUUCAUUUGAAGAGAGAGAAUCCAUGAAACCAAAAGGUAUUCAUAGAAGAAAAAUGGAAGAGUAUAUCGGAAAGAUAAAAUUGGAAGAGGAACAUCAUUUAAACAAAAGAUUUAAGGCCAACCCAGUUCCCAAGACUACUAAACAAGCAUUGUAUAAUUCCAUUAAGAUGAGAACUGAAUAUCAAUUGACACUUCAAAAGAAAGCCCUUAAAGAGAUGACCAAAAGUAUUGUCAAGCCUUUUUAUUUUGCUGAAAGAGACAGGAAGAGAUUGAAGGAAAUUGAAAAAGAAAGGAUUCAAAAAAAGGAAUCUGAAAUUCAGGAACACACAAGACACUUUAAGGCAAACCCAGUGCCGUCUCACACUUUUAAGCUAAUGUUCGCUUCAAAACUUGAAGCGGAAGCAAGACGAAGAAAUAACCGAGUCAAAGAACGAUCAGAACAUUUGCUACGGUCCUCUUCGCUUCCACCUCGAAUGGAAAUGUGGAAAAAAGUUUCUGCCAAUCAAGAGAAAAGCAUACCACACAACCCGUUGGAUGAUGAGCUUACACACAAACCCAAGAUUAAUCACAAUGUUCCAGAUUUUGAGGUGAAGCAAAGAGAAUUCCAAGAAACUCUUUACCUUGCAAAAAGAACAAAAAAGCCAACAGUUCCAAGGCCAUUUAAAUUCCACAAUUCAAUGAGUGAAAGGGAUCUGAAGCGCAUUGCAGGAGAGGUUGGAAUUGAUGAUGAUUUUAUCUCAACCUAUUCCAAACUAGACAACACUCGAAACGACUGUCCAAAGCGACCAUCUUCAGCUGUUUGCAAGUCCUCAAAAAAGCCGUUAGAUACAAACGCCAACAAACUAAGGAACGACCUUAUAAAAAAGCAAAUUUCGGAGAGAGAAGAACGAAAGAAACAGCUGGACAAUAUACGACGGCAACAGGAAAAACAGCAGAAUCGGAUAUCAAAGCAAGUAAUUCCAAACAUCGAACAACCGUCACGUCGUACAUAUCAAACAACUAGCUCAGCUACCAAUGAAAAAAGAACCUCAUCACCAACUGCUCCCUACCAUACACAACCCUAUCUGUUUGAAACAAGUUUGAAGAAAAAAGUUAGGGAGAAAGUAUUGGAAGAUUUAAAACAAGUGUUGGAAGAAAAUGGCACGUCCUAUUUGUUGUCACGAUUCCUCGAUUGA